AGAAAGUCGAGCUGAAACACAAACACCGUCUUCUUCUUCUUCAGCAUCAUCAAUUCAUUCAUCUGAAACCUUCUAAUCCAUAAACACCACGAACGAUCUCGUUUAACAAUGGUCAAAACAAAGAUUAAGAAGUCAAAACCAAAUAAACAUCCCAAUGUUAAAAAGAAUGGAAAGCAAUCCGAUAUAUCAGAGUUUCGAGCUCAGCUUGAUGCACUGGGUUUGAAAAUUGUAGACGUUACAGCAGACGGAAAUUGCUUUUUCAGAGCUUUAGCAGAUCAGCUGGAGGGCAAUGAAGACGUUCAUGCCAAGUACCGGAAAAUGGUUGUGCAGUAUAUCAUGAAAAAUCGUGAAAGCUUUGAGCCUUUUAUUGAAGAUGAAGUACCGUUCGAUGAAUACUGCCAGUCCAUGGAAAAGGAUGGCACAUGGGCGGGAAAUAUGGAGUUACAGGCUGCUUCUCUUGUAACUCACAGUAAUAUAUGCAUACAUCAAAAGUCAUCGACUCGCUGGUAUAUAAAGAAUUUUAGCGACUUCGAUGCCAAGAUGGUCCAUUUGUCGUAUCAUGAUUGGGAGCAUUACAAUAGUGUGCGGUUAAAGGAUGACCCCUGCAAUGGACCAGCCGCACCAAUUAUAAUCAAGGCCGAUGUUGAUCUUUCAGUGAAGUCCCAUCAAACUAAUGCUGCUGUUUCUAAGGCGAACGGCAAGUCUACUAAGGCAGAAUCAGUUAGAACUGUGAAAGCUGGAAGCGGAUGUGAAGAUGAGCGGAAAAUUCAACAGGUGUUAUUACAAGUGGACGGAGAUGUUGAUGCUGCAAUAGAGUUUAUUAUAGCAGGUCAAGGAACUGAAGAAUCGUUGGUUGAAGACGAUGGAGUUACUUAUUCAGUGGACGAUUCUCAUGGUGGUUCUAGUAACAACCAACUUGAGCAGAGUUGUGAUGAAAAAAGUGUCAAGGAGAAACCGACCUGCAGCAAUGCUGAAAGAGAAACUAAUAAGACCAACUCAUUGCACGAUGAAAAGAAAAUACCCAGAAACAAGGCUUGUCCAUGUGGUUCAAAGAAGAAAUACAAGUCUUGUUGUGGUACCGCAGCAGGAAGACCGUCUACAGUUACAAACAACAACAGUGUUGAAAAUGGAAAGCAUAGAAAAGAUAAGAAACAGGGGAAGAAAGCGGGAAACAUGGUGGUUUUGCAUGGUUGUGAUGGAAGUUCUCCUGACAUGGGUGCACUUUGCAUAUGAACAUCAUCUUCCUCUGGUAUCCAUUUUAACAUACUAUAUUUCAGAAACUAAAAGUAGAAGAAGAAGAAGAAGAAGCAAAGACUACAUUUUCCGAGGUAUGCUGUUUCAAAUCUUUUUGAAAUCCAGUUGGGAUUGUAAUAACCAAGUCAGCCUUUAUCUGAAAUGUAUAAUCAUAUGUUUGGUGGUUGUGAUUUUACGUGUAGAGUUGCGUUAGCCAGUUUUAAGUAUAAAAGGCGAGAGUUGCAGUAAGUUCUUCUA